AGCUCAGCGCGCCAUUGGGCGAGAAGGGCGAGGGCCGCCGCGCUGCGGCCCGCCUCUCGGCUCGGAGGUAGGCUGAGACGGGAGGGUCCUCGGCUAAAGCCAAAGGCGGAUCAAAGUGGUGGGACUCGCGCCGCGGCCGCGGAGACGUGAAGGCCCUCCGCACUCCUCCUCGGCAUCCGGGUCGGUGCUCGCCCUCGCUGUUCUGUCCCCGGCCCCAUGGAGAAGACGGAGCUGAUCCAGAAGGCCAAGCUGGCCGAGCAGGCCGAGCGCUACGACGACAUGGCCACCUGCAUGAAGGCCGUGACGGAGCAGGGCGCCGAGCUGUCCAACGAGGAGCGCAACCUGCUCUCGGUGGCCUACAAGAAUGUGGUCGGGGGCCGCAGGUCCGCCUGGAGGGUCAUCUCGAGCAUCGAGCAGAAGACCGACACCUCCGACAAGAAGCUGCAGUUGAUUAAGGACUAUCGGGAGAAAGUGGAGUCCGAACUGCGCUCCAUCUGCACCACGGUCCUGGAAUUGUUGGAUAAGUAUUUAAUAGCCAAUGCAACUAAUCCAGAGAGUAAGGUCUUCUAUCUGAAGAUGAAGGGGGAUUACUUCCGGUACCUUGCUGAAGUUGCUUGUGGUGAUGAUCGGAAACAAACGAUAGAUAAUUCCCAAGGAGCUUACCAAGAGGCUUUUGAUAUAAGCAAGAAAGAGAUGCAACCCACACACCCAAUCCGCCUGGGGCUGGCUCUUAACUUUUCUGUAUUUUACUAUGAGAUCCUUAAUAACCCAGAACUUGCCUGCACACUGGCUAAAACGGCUUUUGAUGAGGCCAUUGCAGAGCUUGAUACACUGAAUGAAGACUCAUACAAAGACAGCACCCUCAUCAUGCAGUUGCUUAGAGACAACCUAACAUUAUGGACAUCAGACAGUGCAGGAGAAGAAUGUGAUGCGGCAGAAGGGGCAGAGAACUAAGUGCAUACAGGGUGUCAUCCUUCUUCCCCUCAAGAAACCUUUUUACUCAUCUCCAUUCCUUAUUCCAUUUGGAUUUCCUAUAGCAAAGAAACCCAUUCAUGUGUAUGGAAUCAACUGUUUAUAGUCUUUUCACACUGCAGCUUUGGGAAAACUCCAUUCCUUGAUUUGUGUUUGUCUUGGCCUUCCUGGUGUGCAGUUACUGCUGUAGAAAAGUAUUAAUAGCUUCAUUUCAUAUAAACAUAAGUAACUUCCAAACACUUAUGUAGAGGACUAAAAAUGUAUCUGGUAUUUAAGUAAUCUGAACCAGUUCUGCAAGUGACUGUGUUUUGUAUUACUGUGAAGAUAUGAAAAUGUAGUUAAUUACAAUUUAAAGAGUGUUCUACAUAACUUCUUAAUUUCUACAUUCCCUCCCUUACUCUUCUUCGGGGAUUUUCUUUCAGUAAGCAACUUUUCCAUCCUCUUAAUAUGUUCCUUUUUGGUAGGAAUCCAGAAGUGUUAGAUUGAAUGGAAAAGCAUUUGACAUUUUGAGGCUGGGGGGGUCACAAAUUAAAAUGCCUCCUGUAUCAUAUAUAAUGGAGGUCUUGUGUAUCUGUGACAACAGGGAGUUUCCUCAUUCACUCUUCAUUUGCUGCUGUUUAAGUUGACAACUUCCCUUCCCAAUAAAAAUUCACUUACACCUCCUGCCUUUGUAGUUCUGGUGUUCACUUUACUGUGUAAUAGAAGUAGCGUGUUGCUGCCAGAAUACAAGCAUUGCUUUCGGCAAAUGAAAGUGCGUGUCAUUUCCUAAUACGCUAGGAAGGGGAAAGAAAGUACACAAGUCCAAGUCUAAAGCUUUAGUACUUUUCCAUGCAGAUUUGUGCACAUGUGAGAGGGUGUCCAGUUUGUCUAGUGAUUGUUAGAGAGUUGGACCACUAUUGUGUGUUGCUAAUAAUCAUCGACUGUAGUCCCAAAAAAGCCUUGUGAAAAUGUUAUGCCCUAUGUAACAGCAGAGUAACAUAAAAUAAAAUUACAUUUUAUAAACCAUUUA